GGAGAAAGACCGUAUGCCUGCACUUGGGAGUGUGGAAAGAGAUUUGUAAGCCUCUCGACGAGAAACGAACAUGAAAGAGUAGUGCAUGCAGGCGCAAAGAGAUAUGAAUGCACAGUUCCAGGUUGCUUCCGAAUGUUCAGUCGUCGACAGUAUUUGAUGCUUCAUCGUCAGAGAGAACAUGGACUUUUAUUCAAACCUAUAUUUAAUCCACAGGAAAUUGCCGAAGCUGAAAAGGAAGCAGAUCGAGAACUACGUCUUGAACAGCAAGAAAACUCAUCAUGUGAAUACAGUCCAUCUGACCAGAUUCUGGUGGAUCCAACAACAAAUAUGCUGGUCCAUGUGUCCGAAGAUGGCAUGAUGCUUGAACCGGAGGUCGAACAGCACACAUUCAUGCAGGGUGAAUUUGUUGAAGAAAAUGAGGAAGCUGCACUAGAGGAGUUAAUGGCAGAUGGAGUGUCGGAUCCCGAUUUAAUCGGUCCGUACUUGAGCAACGACAGCAAAGUCAUUCAGUUUAUACCAUCAGACAAUGAAAUUGAUCCAGGCCCAUCCGAAGUUGUUGAUGUUCCUCGGAUGAAGAAGAAGGACUUCCACGGUGAUACCGAAGAAGCGGUGCAUCAUGUGAGAGAGGACAUGUCGGGAUUUCACCAACAUGAAGUACGGUUUUCAGUAAACGUUGGCAGUGCCAGCAGUCCAAUGGACAAGGAAUCGAUGUUUGAAGAGGCGGCGUCCGCCGUCAGUACAUCUGGUAUGAGUUAUAUGGGCUACGAAAGCCCCAUUCACACGACGGUUGAGGAGCUUGAGGCUGCAGAGGAUCAAGAUGAUCCAAAUUAUGAGCGUAGCUCUAUACGGAAAUAUCGAAUGGUUCGGCGGAAACCAGCGCAAACAUUCUAUUGUCGGCCAUGUAUGAAAGAAAUUAAGUAUCCAUCGAAGAUUGCCGAGCAUCUCCGAAAACACACUGGCGAGCGUCCCUACCAAUGCCAGAUAUGUGGCGCUGGUUUCUCACAAGGACAUGUGUUG